GACGGGCCGCAACCGGCCAGAGGUGCUGCUGCACCUCUGGGCGUGUGUACGUACGUGUAUGCUGCCCCUCCUCGCCGCCGCCGCUGCGGCUGGCGCGAAUAGCAGCUGCUCGCUCCCCAUAUCGACGAACCAGGUCGUCAAAAAUGCGCGCCCGGUGGAGAUCAGUGGGUGGGGUGUAGCGGAGAGCAGCGAGUGGCAGGACAGGCUCGAGCUCGCGGCGCUAGCACGGAUCAUGUACAUUUACGGGUUUGGCUCCGAUUUGGCCGCGCAGUGUGUCAUGGCGAGGCUGCGGGACGAGCCGGACACUAUGCUGAUGAACGAGUGGGGCCUCUUCUUUGAGGAGGCGACCGCCUCGUCGCUCGUGAAGGUCAGAUUUGGCGACGGCACACCUCCAGAGGGGCUUCUCGUGGCCGCCGAUGGAUCCGUCGCGCCCUCGAAACCGGAUGUGGUCAACAUCGGAUGCGUCCCUGUCGGCCGGGCGAUUUUUGAGGCGCGCCCGGACGUCUUCUCGAUCAUCCACGCCCACCCGCAUGCGGUCAUGGCGGUCGCGUCGACCGAGGCGGGGCUGCUGCCCCUCUCGCAGGCCUCCCCCACCCCACGGCCGCCUUCUUCCUCCACGGCACGCGCCCCCUCUCUCCGCCAGACGCCCUCCCGGGACCUCCACACGAACGCGCGGACCGCACGCGCCGCGCAGCACACGAGCGCGCUGCCGUGCUGCCGGCCGGGGCCCGAGAGAGAGAAAGAGAAAGCCAGUCCACGCACCAUCGGUCGCUACAAGUACGACUUCUCCUACGGCUCGGACUUCGAGGACGCCAUCGCCGCCCAGUUUGCCGCCGGCAAGCGCGCAAUCAUGCUCGACCACCACGGCCUGUACGCCGUCGGCACGUCGGCGCGCGACGCGUGGUUCGUCACCUUCCACCUGCACCAGGCGUGCGAGGUGCAGCUGCGCGCGCAGAGCACGGGGCAGGCGCUAGUCAUGCCGUCCCAGGAAGAGCUCCAGCGGCAGUACGCCGACAUGAUCUCGUCGCCAGACUACGCGUACGACGGGUCGCGCGAAUGGGCGGGCUGCGUGCGCAAGCUCAACCGCGAGCUACCGGGGUAUGACGUUUGAGGCGCGGCGCCGCACGUAGCGUGGCUAGUGGUCGGCCCUGGGUGGUGGUGCGUGGCGGCGAGAGACCGCCGAGUGGGCCCCUCGGUGCUGUCUCUCCGCGGCCGGGAGGCGUGUAGUGUGGAGGGAGAGCGCGCAUACGGCUGAGCUCCGGCGCGCCAGCUCCAGGCUCUAGCAUCGGGAUCGGCAGCUUUGAAUCAGACAUUGGUCGGAAUGAUAAGCCGGUCCGUGUCGCGGCUGGACCGCGAUUAGCGUGUCUGAAGAAGAUAGCAUUCCCUAUUUUA